UUAGGGUCUGCCUAGGGGAGACUACUCACCGUCAGGAUAUAUGCACGAUGCUGUUCAGCGGACUCAAAAGCGUACAAAAGGGCCAUCCUCACUGUUUCCAUGCUGUCCACCUUUCGUCUCCCAGGUCGACUCGCCCGUCCAGCUGUUUCCGUUCCGCACGCAUCCAAACGAGUUCCAUCUCGCUACGCCGAGUUCAGCACAUUUAGACCAGUCACAAUGAUGGCAGAAGGGAAUCAAAAGUUCGCUAUCAAGAACCUCUUCGAUGUCCAGGGCUGGACCGUCGUCGUGACUGGCGGCGGUACAGGCAUCGGCCUCAUGAUCACGCAGGCAUUCGCGAAUAACGGCGCACGAGUAUACAUCACUGGACGUCGCGCGGAAGUGCUCGAGACUACUGCAAAAGAAUGGGGCUCAAAGCUGCUUCACCCAGAGGGCAGGAUCAUACCCGUAACUACGGACAUCACAGACAAAAGCUCCAUCCAAAACCUCGCGCGAGAGGUCGCGAAGCAUGAGGACCAUGUCGACGUGCUCGUGAACAAUGCGGGUAUCGAUGGGGAUACGAGUACCGUCGAGAAGGGAGACGAGAGCGCCGAGGCCCUACAAGAGCAGCUCUGGAGUGAGGAGAUGAAGAUGUGGGAAGAGGUUUACCGCACGAACGUUAUGGGUCAUUUCUUCACGACUGUCGCUUUCUUGCCCCUCCUGUCUGCCGCGACGAAGCGUGGUGCGGGACAUAUAGGAAGCGUCAUCAACAUCUCGUCGAUGUCAGGCAUCACGCGGAUGUCGCAACACCAUAUAGCAUACAACACUUCCAAAGCGGCUGCCAUCCAGCUGAACACGCUGCUCGCGCAGGAGAUGCGUCGCCCAGGUGUCAAGGUCCGCGUGAACUCCAUCGCGCCUGGUAUCUUCCCGAGUGAGAUGACUGCCUCCGACUCCAAUGAGAAGAACAAGUCGACCAUUCCGACGGACGACUCGUACGGCAAGAAGAAAGGCAUACCUGCUGGACGGCCUGGUGGGGAAGAGGAUAUGGCGCAAGCCGCACUCUUCUUGGCAUGCAACCAAUACCUUUACGGCCAGAUCGUAACAGUCGAUGGUGGCUAUCUCCUCGAGCACCCAUAAGCACGGCCUAUUAGUAUAUGAAGGGGGCGGGAUGUAGUAUACUGUACUCACCGCGUGUAAAAGCAAGGAAGGAAUAAUCAACGAGGAAUUGGUUACACGCACCAGUGCAGUGUACAUGUACUUAGAGAAUCAAAGAAGUCAGUUCGCAGCGGGGUGCGUGGUUAGGGUUAGGCAGCGUGCGCCAUGACCACGGCCACCCAGCGCCUUGCGUUGUUCAG